AGUCGCUGGCCAGCAAUGACGACCAGCAGAUCAGCGGCGUCGUCCGCGUCAUACAGGCGACCGGCUUUCUGGAAGGUGCCCGGUUACGAGCUGCCAUCAUCCUACUACCGCCCACAGCCACAGCCACCAUCCAGUCCGCCCCAUGUGCCACAGCUGCCACCCCCUUGCCGACGGCGCAGCAGCAGCGGGCUGAAGAAGCGCGUCCGUUUUGCCGACGAACCAAAUGUGGGGGUGCAAGUGGGCAGCCCAUCGCACGGGGAGCUGCUCCGAGGCGAUAUCAUCGCCAAGAUCGGCGAGUACGACGCACGCGACCUGAGUCAUGCGGAUGCACAGCAGCUGUUCCGCGGUGCUGGCAACGAGAUCCGCCUGGUGGUGCACAGUUCAAUGUGUUUCAGGUCGAUUACAAAUUGCUUACGGGACAACAAAAUCGCAUACACGCAGGGAGCCACUCAAGAGGCAGGAUCUGGACCACGGAGCAACUCCACUUUGCCGCCGGCUAGUCCGGAACUCUUGCCCCACCGUGGUCCAUCCCCCUUUUUGCCUGGACCCAGUCACUUUGAGAGGGCUUUGCACAUGCCAAUGGACACUCUGCCGCAGACUGUGUUUCCCCAGCUGAACCCCUCUGGCGGAUAUGAAGUGCCAUCCACUGUGUUCUCUCCAAAACCAACACGGGAUCAUCAACAGGAUGUCGACGAGGAGCAGGCUGCCAUUGUGAACCAGCCCUACCGGACAACUCCGCUGGUCCUGCCCGGCGCCAAAGUGAAGAAGGAUGCGCCCACGACAGAGUCCUACUUGAGGCACUAUCCCAACCCGGCUGUGCGCGCCCACCCAGGACACGACUACCAUGACAGUAUCAUGAAGCAGCGCGUGGCCGACACCAUGCUGCACAAGGUGGUCGGUUCGGAGGCCGACACUGGCCGCGUCUUCCACAAGCAAUUCAACUCGCCCAUCGGCCUAUACUCCAACAACAACAUCGAGGACACCAUCAGAUCAACAGUUCCCUUCGCCACGAGCGAAAGCAAUCGCUUGAGGGACAGUCCUCUGCAUCGUCCUUUGCCAACGAAGCUUAACGGCUAUAAGAAAACUGUCCAGUACGAUCCCAGGAACAGCGAUACCUACAGAGCCAUUCAAGAAGAGGGCGGCUACAGCAACUACGGCAAUGCCGCGCCACAGGAAGUAACCAUACCUGUGCAGACUAGGGUCUAUCAGCCCAAUAGAUUGGUUCCAGGAAAGAAACCAGUAUCAGCGCCAGUAUCCCGGCCGCCGUACAAUGUGGUAAACACCCAUGAUGAGAACAUACGCCAGAGCGGCUCCUUCAAUCGUCUCAUGUACAGCGUUAUUGGUGCCACCGAAUACUAAAUAAAUACUGCAGCAGCAACACCAGCGACAGCAGCAACAUCAACACCAGCAACAGCAACAUCAGCAACAGCAGCAACAACAGCAACAUCAGCUGCAGUUGCUGCCGGCACCGACAGUUGUUUAUCUCCUAACAUAUUUAGCGGAUUUUUAUGAAAUUCUGUUUAACUUACUCAAUAAUUUGUAUGAAGAACGACAGGAAAUUGUGAACCACUAACAAGCUUAAUGAUAAAUUGGUUUGGUAAACGAUUGGAAUCGAAAUAAAUUUAUGAUAUAUCUAAAAUUUAAACACAAAUUAACUCCGCCUCAACCUAUUUACUGUCUCCAUAUGCAAUAGAAAGUCCAUAUAAAAUUAAAUAAAAAAGAAAAGUAAACUAAAUUAGCGGAACCUUUGAUUUAUAGUUAUGUUUAUGUUAUGCUGAUUCUAAGUUAACAACCGUCAGGUGUGUUAAUGUCGAGUGAUUCUAGUCAUGGAAUGUAAUAGGUAUAAAGAAUGUUUUAAUUAAUAAAAGUGAAUUUGAUUGGAUAAA